AUGACCAUCUCUUCAUGGCGCCGUAGCUUUGACGAGGUGGCACCCGCUGCGCGCCGGGGCCAACGCCGCAGGCCACCAGACGAGAGUGGCGCACGUGCAUUUCCAGCAGCAGCGCUGCACUCGGGGAUGCGGUCCGGGGGCCCCCUCGCCGAGGGCUCGCGGGGCUUCGGCCCCUCCUGGUCCGGGGACGUUGGCUCUCACCGAUCCACAUGGGCACUCGGGCACGGAACGGGGGAGGAGGCGGCGCACGGCUUCGGCGCCCACGUCCGCCGCGCCCCGCGCAUGUGGCGGCGCGCCCUUUUUGCGUGA